AUGCUGGAGAAUGGGUCGCUGAGGAACUGCUGCGGGCUGGGCGGGCGAGGGGGCUUCGGCUUCCCCCCGAGAGGGGAGCCGCCGGAGGAGGAGGCGGAGGCGGCGACCGCGACUGCGGAGGCGGCCGAUCCGCGGCCGGGCUGGGUGGUCCCGGCGCUGUCCAGCGUGCUGAUCUUCACCACGGUGGUGGAUAUCGUGGGCAACCUGCUGGUGGUGAUCUCCGUGUCCAAGAACCGCAAGCUCAGGAAUUCAGGCAACGUGUUUGUGGUUAGCCUGGCGUUGGCGGACUUAGCCGUGGCCUUGUACCCUUAUCCUCUAGUGCUCGUCGCAAUUUUCCGCAAUGGCUGGUCCUUGGGGGAGAUGCACUGUAAAGUCAGUGGCUUUGUGACGGGACUCAGCGUCAUAGGCUCCAUCUUCAGCAUCACCGCCAUCGCAAUCAACCGAUACUGCUACAUCUGCCAUAGCUUUGCCUAUGACAAAGUAUACAGCUGUUGGAACACCAUGCUGUACGUCUGCCUGGUCUGGGUAUUGACCGUGGUCGCAACAGUGCCAAACUUUUUUGUCGGCUCGCUCGAGUAUGAUCCCCGCAUCUACUCGUGCACGUUCACCCAGACGGCCAGCUCGUAUUACACCAUCGUCGUCGUCGUCGUCCAUUUCAUCCUCCCCAUCACCAUUGUGAGCUUCUGCUAUCUUCGGAUCUGGGUCCUCGUGCUCCAGGUGAGGCGGCGAGUCAAGUCGGAAGUCCAGCCCAGGCUGAAGCCGAGUGACUUCCGAAACUUCCUCACCAUGUUUGUCGUCUUUGUGAUCUUUGCUUUCUGCUGGGCGCCGCUGAACUUCAUUGGGCUGGCGGUCGCCAGCAACCCUUCGGAAAUAGCACCCAAAGUCCCAGAGUGGCUGUUCGUCGUGAGCUACUUCAUGGCCUACUUCAACAGUUGCCUUAACGCAAUAAUAUACGGACUCCUGAACCAAAACUUCCGGAAGGAAUACAAACGGAUCCUGAUGUUGCUGUGGUUGCCGAGGCGGGUUCUUCAGGAUACCUCCAGGGGGGGAACGGAGGGCCCGCGGAGCAAGCCGUCUCCCAUUUUAAAUAACAAUGACCAAAUGAAAACGGAUACCAUAUAA